CAAUAAGUAUUCUUAAUACUUACGCAAAGUCGCAAAUUAUUAUCUGACAGCAUCCCACUCCAUAUGACAACCAAUCUAUGGCAUAGAGAAAAUACAACCCAACAUGAGUGGCAUCAAAGACAUGGUCAAAGGAGGCUGGCACCCUGGAACGAAAGAGGGGAGCCAGAAACAGAGCUGGAGAGGUGAUUUCAAGGGGGUCAAUCAAGUCGCUGGACUCCUUGGGAAAGGUCAAGACAAUAGCUCGAAUGUGAAUGCGCAGGCCAGGGCAGAACGUCAAUCCGCCCCAGUAUCGUCCCUUCAGGACCCAGACACAUGGGGCCCGCCUCCAAGACGAAAGGAUACGGGAGAUAUCGCAAGCAGUAGUGGAUCCACGCCUGUCGCGCGUCCACAACAAGCGGUACCCCAGCCUUCUUCACCAGAGCAGGAAGCGGUUGAAGAAGAAUCUCACCAGCCAUACAGAGCAGAUACGACGGGACUAGGAACUGCGAACCUACCGAAGCCCCCGGUCCGGAGAGUAGGAGCCACACCCCCUUCUCGGCCAGCAAGGACAGACGCUACAAGGCCGAAACCGAACCUACCUCCUCGACUCCCUCCGCGACAGAAUACGAGCUCAGCAUCCACGACGCCCUUGUCUCCUCCUCCAGCAUAUGAAUCUCUGCAGAGACAACGAGAAGACGGACUAAACCAGUCGUCACUCAACAGCCUUGGAAGAGCAGGAAUCAACAUUCCGGAACUAGGGAUAUCCUCGAGUAGCAAACCCACGCCUACUUUACCAAGCCCCCUAUCCACCGGCUCACCUGCGCAAUCUCCUAGGAGUCACACUCUUUCCGGGCUAGGCUCCCGAUUUUCCUCCCUUAAAACCCACGAUACCUCCGAUCCAUCAGAUUCGCCCGCGACCCCCAAACCGACUUUAACCUCCACCUCAUCCGCCUUCAAAACCGCCACCGCUCUCCGCAAUAACCCAUCCUCCGUAUCCGCCUCCGACGCGCGCGACGCAGCUACCACGGUCCAUGGCAUUCAGCAACGUCAUGGCAGCCAGAUCGCAUCGGGAUGGCGGAAAGCCGGGGAGGUGAACGAGCGGUAUGGAGUCAUGGAUAGGGUUGGAAGAGUCGGUGCUCCGGAGACCACGCAGUCUGGUGGUUCUCUAGCAUUGGCAGCAGGCAAGAAGGCGCCGCCGCCGCCGCCGAAGAAGAAGAUGGGUAUAGGAGAAGUGGAUAGUGGUGGUGGGGGGGGACCACCGCCGGUUCCGACGGGGAGCAAACCGAGGUUCUCUUAGCUCUUGGUACUCCCUUUGGAUAUCAGGUACUAAGGCACUCCGAAUAGGACGGUUAUUGAAAUCUGCUUAUGUUGCAAGCGAUACCUAAUAGUAGUUUAUGGACUAUCUGGGGAUGGUUCCCCUCCAUUGACACACUCAUCCUCAUGAGAUCUGAAGUCGAAAUCCCAGGGUUCAGUGAUUUCACUAUUCAUCGUCCUGCCCCAAGCUUGAUCAAACCUUCAACAGCAGCUAUGAUCACCGCUCCACCGACUGCAACCCCUUGCACAAUGCCAUUUACGACCAUGAGUCCGGUGCCGCCUGCACCUGCGGAUUGCAGGAUCGCGAAGGCACUCCCAGCAGCGACAUCCCCAAUCCCAGCCUGCACUCCAGCCGCAAUCGUCCCUAUGAAGGGUUAGCUCACUCUCAGUCUAGCCUCUAGGGUUCUGAUGAAAUGUUCAGUAUACCAGCCCCAACUGAACCCAGAAUGCCUCCUGCCACAAGGAAAGGC